UGUAGUUCCUUCAAAUCAGAGCCUGGUAGCCGUAGCAACAGUACAGGAAGUCCCGGCUGUUUUAAGUUGCGGUUCCGGUGUUCAGAACGCCAAGGACGAUGGGAAGCUUGAAUUUGUUUAUCUAGCUUUAGGCAAUUCGAUUCACCCUUUCGUGCUGCCGAGAACCCCUCGGAAGCCGCCACCCCACCGGGAUGGACCGAGGUGGCUUCCUUUGCUGGAAGCAUCUGACUCCAUAAUGUUCCAGACCCUGGAGACCUGAGACACAUCGACUCGCUUCUCAGGUUUUGAGAUGCACAAUGAUGAGAAAUAAAAAUGAAAAGAUUUCCAGAAAGAAGCCAUAAGAUUCAAGGUUUCACAGUCCAAGCUAAUGUCCACGGAUACUUGACCAAAUGAUCUGAGAAAAUUGCAGUCCUGGCAAAAGAAGUGUAACUAGACUAAGGCAAGAAAGAUGAUACAGGAAUCUAGGAUACAGGAGAAGGAAACAGGAAGGAACCAACAACCAUCAAACCAGACUGGGGGCAACUAGAAGAUUCCAAGUUUGGCCAAUAGGAAGAAAUCCUUCCUAAGCUUCAUUUGGGAAAUGGAGGGCCCUGGUAAAAAAAGAGGUGGAGCAUGGAUGACUACUGGAUUAGAUGGAGAGAAUGCCCAGGCAUCUCCAUGGCCCUACUGAUGUUCCAGAACUUCAUCAAGUCAGUGAUAAACUACAUGUACACCUAGAGGAGCUUCCGGGUAUCAGGCUUCGGCUCUGUGCCGAGGCGCCAACACACCUCCGAUCCUCUCUCCGAGGGAUCGCUGACCUCCGCGUUCGUGUUCCUGUCUCCUGGAACUAUGUCUCUGGUAAGCCAGAAUGCGCGCCACGGCAGCGCAGAGACCACUGCAGAUUACAGCGAGAGCAGGGGUGAAAUGCAGGCUACUAAUGCCUCCGGGCCCCCCACCUCCAUGCUAGUCCCUGAGGCUCCCCAGGGCCCUCAGAUUCCAAUCGACCCACAGGGUGCCAGCGCUCCCCAGGCUGUGCAGGACCCGAAUGACAUCGAGGUUCUCAUCGACGAGCAGUCCCGACGUUUGGGGGCGCUCAGGGUCCACGACCCUCUAGAAGACAGGUCGGUUGCUUUGGUGAAUUUCAUGCGCAUGAAAAGCCAAAGUGAGGGGUCAAUUCGGCAGUCAGACAUGCUGGAGUUUCUCAGAGAAUACUCAGACCAGUUUCCUGAGAUACUCAGACGAGCCUCAGCUCACCUGGAUCGGGUCUUUGGGUUAAAUCUGAGAGUUCUUGAUCCUCAGACUGACACUUACAACCUAAUCAGCAAACCAGGUCCCCAGACCACUGAACGGCUAGCAGAGACCCUGGACAUGCCAAAAGCAGGUCUCCUGGCCUUGGUCCUAGGGCACAUCCUCUUGAAUGGCAACCGGGCAAGAGAGGCCUCAAUUUGGGAUCUGCUGUUAAAGGCUGAUAGGAUGAAUAAGCCUCAGAGGAUCAACAGCCCCUUUGGGAACACAAGAAACCUCCUCACUACUGACUUUGUCCGUAUGCGAUUUUUGGAGUACUGGCCGGUAUAUGGCACUAAUCCCCUUGAAUUUGAGUUCCUGUGGGGCUCUAGAGCCCACAGGGAAAUCACAAAGAUGGAGGCCCUGAAGUUUGUAGCAGAGGCCCAUGAUGAAGAGCCCUGGAGCUGGCCAGAAGAAUAUAGCAAGGCCCUGGAAGCUGACAAAGCCAAAGAGAGAAGCCAGGCUGCUGGCUUAGAGUUCUGGUCAGAGGACGCUAUGAAUGAUAAAGCAAAUGAUUUGGUCCAGUUGGCCAUUAAUGUCACUGAGGAGUUGCUGCCUAUACAUCAGGAUGAGCUAUUGGCUCAUACUGGUAAAGAAUUCGAGGACGUGUUCCCAAAUAUCCUCAGCCGAGCCACACUAAUCCUUGAUCUGUUUUAUGGGUUCUCUCUGAUUGAGGUUGAUACCAGUGAGCACAUCUACCUCCUUGUUCAGCAACCAGAAUCAGAAGAAGAGCAAGUAAUGCUAGAGAGCCUGGGCAGACCCACCCAAGAAUAUGUGAUGCCAAUUCUGGGUUUGAUCUUCCUGAUGGGCAACCGUGUCAAGGAGGCCAGCAUCUGGAACUUACUCCGGAGAUUUAGUGUGGAUGUAGGGAAGAAGCACGCCAUCACCUGUAAGCUUAUGAGACAACGUUACCUGGAAUGCAGGCCACUCUCCUACUCUAAUCCAGUUGAAUAUGAGCUGCUUUGGGGUCCUCGGGCUCACCUUGAAAUCACCAAAAUGAAAGCCUUGGAAUACAUGGCUAGGCUCUACAGAAAGCGGCCACAGGACUGGCCAGAGCAAUACAGGGAGGCUGUGGAAGAUGAAGAGACCAGGGCCAGAUCCCAGGCAACUGCCAUGUUCUUCUUUGGCUCCAUGUGAAGUCUGAUGUUUGACUUUAGUUGAGUGGCAUCAGUUAAAGGGGCCUUUGGGAAAGGGGCAAUAGGAUCCUAAAUCAGAAGUUGGGAGGGCUGGGGUAAAGAGUACUCCUUGUGCUUAUUGUGUUCCAAUUCUAAUAAUAUUUCUUUCCUUCCAAUAUACUCUAAUUGUCUUGAUGAUCAAUGUUUAUAAAUGAAAUUGCUCGUUUUCUCUUCCUGUCUUGUUUCAGUAUAAAUGUUCGGAUAACUGUGUAAAACAUAUUGGUAAUAUUUAUGUAUUUGAAAUAACCAGUAAAAUAAGCUAAAUAACAGUAACAAUACACACAUGUACACAAACACACCCCAAACACAAAGCCCCUCAUUCGUGGUUGCCCUCCUUUUGAGUCUAUUGCUGUGUUAACAAACAAACAAACAAACAAAAAUAAAAGACUGCCACUUACCUGUAUUUAAUUUGCUGUUGCAGAGUGUAGUAAAAAAUAAAAGUAUAAUGAAUUA